UAGCUGGCGCGUCGAUCUCAGACAACAAAUUAAAGCAGAAUCUGCCUACACCACUGUAAACAAAACCUUCGCUGUACACAACAAUAACAAGAAGAAGAAGAAAGGAGCUACAGCGCUGCUGCUACUCAUUAAAACCCUAAUUCCCCAAUUUCUCUUCAGAUACAACUAUUUUCUUUUUCUUCUUUCCUUUUUAAAGAAAAUGAGGGGAAGAAGUUACAGUCCAUCUCCACCACCACGUGGUUAUGGUAGAAGAGGGGGUCGUAGUCGUAGCCCUAGAGGUCGUCACGGCGGCGGCGGUCGUGGCGGCGGUAGAGAUCUUCCUACUAGCCUUUUAGUCCGUAAUCUUCGCCAUGACUGCAGGCCAGAAGACCUAAGAAGGCCUUUUGAGCAAUUUGGUGCUCUCAAGGACAUCUACUUGCCUAGGGAUUAUUAUACCGGGGAACCCCGUGGUUUUGGUUUUGUCCAAUAUGCAGAUCCUCAGGAUGCUGCGGAGGCCAAACAUCAUAUGGAUGGUAGGGUUCUUCUUGGUAGGGAGUUGACGGUUGUAUUUGCAGAGGAGAACAGGAAGAAGCCAGUUGAUAUGAGGGCAAGGGAGCGAGCAGGGAGGGGUCGGUUUCGUGAUCGAAGACGAUCCCCGCCUCGCUAUUCUCGUUCCCCACCUCCUCGUUAUGCAAGAUCCCGCAGUCAUGAUUAUGGUUCCCCUCCUCCCAAAAGACGAUAUUCAAAAUCCAUUUCACCCCAAGGGAAGAGAUACAGUCAAGAGAGGUCAUAUUCACGAUCAAGGAGCCGCAGCCGAACUCCAAAUAGAGAUCAAAGCCAAACACCAAGAAGCAGAAGCCGGACCCCUAACCGCAGCCGAAGCCCUAGAAGAAGCAGAAGCCAGAGCCCAACACGAGAUGAAUACCCGAGAGAACAUAUUGGAGAUAGGUCUCCUGGCUAGUGAGACACAGGGAAGAUAUGAAUGUAAUGCUCUGACUUGUUUUGCUAAUGUUUUGUUUGUCCAUGCAGAUGAUCUAGGUACUGUUUGUUUUAGACAUUUUUUCUUUUUGUUCUUGCAGCAAAUUUAAUGUGUGGGAAUUUUUCAACUGAUGCAUUUCUAGAUUGUAUUGAUUUGGUGGUUUAGUGAGUUCAUUACCUUAUAGUUUUAGCUACCACAGAAUUAGGUAAUAUUAUUCCCUUGGUUACUGUGGGACUUGUGUAACUUUUUUACUCUGUUUGAUUUUAUGAACAUUUCUAUCUUUGCCUGUGGAUCUUAUCCACCAUAA